AUGCCUAUCCCCCACUACGGCGUCUGGGUUGGCCAGCCGACCAGAUAUACCGCCCAGAGGGCGAGGGAGGACCCUAAGUCUCCGCAUAUCCAUCUUAAGUUCACCGAUGGUUCCUCGAGGGAGUUCGAAGCUGCUAUCAACGUCAAGUCGAUCGAUAAAGAUUCUCGUCUCGUAUUUUGGCUGCCGGAUAACCUGUCCCAUUCCAUAACCGAGCAACUUUCAAAGCUAGACGAAGGCUUUCACCUAGCCCAGUCGUCAAGUCCAAAUGACGUUAGUAAAAGCAAGAGCCAAGGUCACCACCGUAACCGACACCACCAGGUUAGACGACAGGAAUCCGAUCUACGAGGUCUAGACUUCAUUCGCACGGACGGUCUUAUUAACAUCAAGUCCGGACUGGUCUUGCAGCACGACAUCCCAGGCGAGAACAAUGACAUUUUGGAUAAGAUGGAACCUAUCCUCCAGAAAGCGAUCGACAACUCAGCUACCUCAUAUAUCUUUGGGUCGUCGUUCGGGUCAGGUAUCCAUGAUGUUCACAUGAAUCAGGGCAGUUUGCCUAGAUUUGAUAAUGGAAUCUACGAAGAUGGGGCCUUGUUGUUCCAGUACGGUGAUGGACACUGGGAAGCAGUGUUUUUGGCCUUUGCAUCGCAGAGGAUUCCAACCAAUUCCUCCGGCGAACCAGAGCGGGACAGUGAAACAUUGGCAGAUAUUCUUGGGCAGUAA